AGGACAUCACCCAGCUGCACUUACGACGACGACCUCAGAAGCGAAUUUGCGGCCCUGAGCAACAACCAACGAGCUUGUGCCCGAACAGUAACAUUGCAAGAAGCUUAUUAUAAGCAAGAAGCAGCAGGCCUUGAGCCCCUCCGCAGCCAUGAGCAGCAACUUCACGCGCGAUGCGACGGUCCCGUCGUCCACCAGUGCGCAGAGCUCGACGGCCACUGUGACGUCGAGUUCGACGACAACCACGACCACAGCCACAGCCUCCACCAACCCCAACGCCAAUGCCAAUAACAGCAGCACUAGUCCGAGUGGCAGCAGUCCCAGCAGCUCGGGCGACGGCAAUGGCCGCCCAGGCAAUGCGCAGCAGAGCUCCGGCAGUGACGGCAGUAGCCCCAUGCGUCGUCUGCCAACCGUAUUGCGUGCUCCUCCCGGGGCGAAUAGCGGUACCCCGUCCAACGCCACCAGUGCGCCGGUCGCCACGGCCGCCUCGACCACGCGGUCGCAGACGCAGGCUCAAGCGGCUCAACAACAGGGUCAGAGUCAGAGCCAUUCGGCGAUCAAUACCGCUACAGCUGGUAACCGAGACAUUACCGGUAUGGGUCGUCGUCACAUGUACCCGAGCCAGGCGCUCGCCAGUCCGUACGGCGGCAGUGGUGCGCCAUCGCCGGCACAGAUGCAGCCUCAAUACUUUGGAUCCGAAGGCGGACGUAUCACGACCGCGUCGUCGUCGUACAACCACGACCACCUAUCUCCAGUGUCAUCUCCAGCAAUGGGCGAGUCGUGGGCUAGCGCUGGCAAUAUGGCCAAUCGUGGACUCAAACGCCACCUUCCGCAACAAUAUGACGGCUACAGUCGAGCAGGAUCCAGCACUAGCAGCAUCCGGAUGCCGCAACAGCAACCCGCAAUGCAAAACACAGCGAGCGCCACACAAUCCGGAGCUCGCAGAGGCCCCAACUCGCGCUCGCCUACAAUGCAGAUAUACGGGAUGCCACCGAACGAAGAUCCCAUGCAGUACGAACCAUCAGGUGAGGCGCGUCACCCUCGUGACAGCACACGGUACGAAACGUGGACGUCCAAGCAGCUCCGCAAAAAAUGUUCGCACCUGAAGCUCCGCGGCCUCAAGAAUGUGAAAAAGCAUGUGAUGGUGGAGGCGUUAUACCGGUACUACCGGAAUCAGCGACUCAAAGACAUGGCCGACGCAGCCAGCGCCGAAAAGAUCAGCGCUGCGUCACAGCAGAUCUCGUCGCCACAGCCGCCCCAGCAGCGGCGAAUGGACGCCCGACGGCCGUCUAGUAUCAGCGGCAGCUCUGUAUCGGGCGGGCGUCCCGAUAUGCAGUAUCCAUCGCGGUACGACCAGCGCAACGCCGGCCCAACGCAGUCUCAAUACGGUCCGUACAACUCGCGAUCCCGUAGCUACAGCAACUAUGGCAGCCAAAGUCCGUCGCCUCCGUCGAGUGGAGGAGACAGCGCUUCACGUCCUCAACGUGCUGGGCCGAAAUCCAAUAGCAAUGGAUAUUAUUUGGACGAAGAAUCCAAGGGCGAGUCGCAGUACAAGGAGGUUCCGGUGACGUCGGAAGAUGUUAUUCGUCUGGUGGACGUCGUGCUGUCCCCCGAAUUCGUCGACCGAUUGUCUGCUGAGCUGUCACGGUGGCAGUUCUGGGUGGACGUUCGGGAGAUGUACAUUGCGCUGCUUAAUAGGCAACAUCCGCCUGGAUCUGCUGGUGCCAAUGGGGAAGGAGGACCCGUCGGAACAGGAGGCAGCGCCACCAACUCGCGCAAUUUCAAGUGGAGCAGCAUGCAGCUGUGGGAGAUCUGGAAGGAGCUAUCUUUCGCGUACACCAAGACGUGCUUCGAGUUCACCGCUGCUGGUAUGAACAAGAGUGAGCAAGACCUAUAUAUCGCUUCAGCCUGCUGGGGGUUCAAGCUCUUCAUUGAGUGUAGACCCCACGAUGAGAUGCGAGCGAUAUCUUAUGAAAAAUACUGGUACUGACAUAUGCUAUGAUGUUUUUAUUGUUGCAGGAGUGGACGAUCGGGAGUAUAUCAACUUCUGCGACGGCAGACCGGACGUGUAUUAUCUGCAUCAAAGACUACAUCUCCGUCCAGAUCUGCUGCAUUUGAUCAAGUCUAACGAGUAUAUCGAUGAGAAGUGCACCAGCGACGCGUCUGAGACCAUCGCACACGAGCAACAACAAGCUCAGCAACAGCAACAAGCCGGACCUUUGGUGGGUACUGGGUCUCCUCUACUACGCGCACACAAGCGCUACAAGCGAUCUACUCCCAUGGCGGCCGGAUCGGCUUCCACCGCGUACAACAGCGCGCGUGCCAUCGCUGCCUUCCGUAACGGCAACGCAGAUGGUUCUGGCGCUGCUAAUGGAGGGAAUAGUGGCGACAACGGAUUAGGUCAAGGCAGCGGAGACUCGCGCGGUCACUCACCGGAAGAGAACAGUACGGAGAACUCGGAGACGACGGGAGAAGAAGCAAGCAGCAACACGGCCAACUCGAACGCCAGCAAUAGCUCGCAAGACGUGUCGAUGCGCGCUGCACUGGCCGAGCAGAAGUACUUUGGACUGUUGUUGCAGAACUUUGAAGUGAUCUUCGAGUCGCUGCACAACAAGAAGGUGCUUUUGGCCACACUGCGUAAGGACAGCAAGGCCCCAGAUCACCUGAUUGCGGAUCUGCACGACGAUAUCCACGUGCUGUCGGCGCUCAAGAAGGAAUUCCGUAACAAGCUGCGACGCACGAUACAGUGAGUCGCGACGAUGUCGAGUUUAGUGUCAGGGAAUGUUUAGCGACAGUGGCUAUUUAUCGUAAUUAUGAGGCCGAUGAAGCCCUUUUCAAAUUCAAAUUAGCCAAUCAAAUCGCUUCGCGCAAAAUAGACUACAAAGUUGAAGUUUUC